AUGAAGUCCGUCCAAUCCUUGAUACUUGCUUCAUUUGUGUGCUCUGCAGUAUUGGCUAGCAACCCUGUAAUUGUUCAAAGAGCAGAAUCUUCAUCUGCCAGCAAAGCUGAUGACAGCUCUUCUUCUGCCGGUAAGGCUGACAAGAGUUCUGCGAUUACAAGUGCUUCUGCAGAUGCAUCCUCGGGCGAUUCCUCAGCCUCCGAUUCGGCAAAGAAGAGCUCUGACGCUGGCUCUAGUAGUUCAGAAUCAAGCUCUUCAAGUGGUAUUGCUGCUGCUAACAGUGCUGCCGUUUUUGGUGCUGGUGGAGUAGGUGCUUUGGUGGCUGCCUUACUCUUAUAG